AUUCCCAGGACUGUCCAGAGGAGAAGGUUCCAGAGAACCCUCAGAUGACAAAUCCGGGAGAAGAUCUGAUUAUUAUUAAAGUGGAGGAUGAAGAAGAGUGGAUGAUGGGCGAUCACCCGUGUAGGAGUGAGGUGGAGGAGGACAUUCCAGGAGAUGUCACCACAGAAAAUACCAAUAAAAAUUCUGAGGGAAUAUCACUAGAGGAUCAAGAUAUGCUGUGCCCUUCUGGAGGAAACCUACAUUCAGGAGUUCACAGUACAGAUCUAUCUUAUAAUCCCCCUAAUCAUGAGGAACCAUCUCCUGAUCAAUCACAGAUUGUUACCACAUAUACAGGGGGUAAAAAGAUACACCGUGGUAAAGAGUUCACAAAAAGAGGAAUUCACACAGGAGAGAAGCCCUACUCCUGUUCACAAUGUGGGAAGUGCUUUUCGCAUAAAUCAAAUCUUUUUAGACAUGAGAGAAGUCACACAGGAGAGAAGCCGUUUUCAUGUUCAGGAUGUGGGAAAUGCUUUACAAGUAAAUCACAUCUUAUUACACACGAGAGAAGUCACACAGGAGAGAAACCGUAUUCGUGUUCAGAAUGUGGGAAAUGUUUUACACAAAAAUCUCAUCUUGUUACACAUGAGAGAAGUCACACUGGAGAGAAGCCAUAUUCAUGUUUAGAAUGUGGGAAAUGUUUUGCAGAUAAAUCACAUCUUGUAACACAUGAGAGAAUUCACACA